AUGGGGGUCGGAGACAUCCGCCCCCGGAUGGGGGUCGGAGACAUCCGCGCCUGGCUGGGGGCCGGAGACAUCCGCGCCUGGCUGGGGGUCGGAGACAUCCGCGCCCGGAUGGGGGCCGGAGACAUCCGCGCCUGGCUGGGGGUCGGAGACAUCCGCGCCCGGAUGGGGGCCGGAGACAUCCGCGCCUGGCUGGGGGUCGGAGACAUCCGCGCCUGGCUGGGGGCCGGAGACAUCCGCGCCUGGCUGGGGGUCGGAGACAUCCGCGCCCGGAUGGGGGCCGGAGACAUCCGCGCCUGGCUGGGGGUCGGAGACAUCCGCGCCUGGCUGGGGGCCGGAGACAUCCGCGCCUGGCUGGGGGCCGGAGACAUCCGCGCCUGGCUGGGGGUCGGAGACAUCCGCACCUGGCUGGGGGCCGGAGACAUCCGCGCCUGGCUGGGGGCCGGAGACAUCCGCGCCCGGAUGGGGGUCGGAGACAUCCGCGCCCGGCCCGGGGGCAGCUUGAUCUUAAGUUAA